UUUACUGAUUUAUUUUCUGGAUUGCUUUGACAUUGUAAACCACAGACGAGUUGGAGCCUGGCAUUGAAAGGAGGUGUUCUGCAACGAUUUUUUUCUUGUUUAAAGAAGUUUACUUCUACAAGAGGUAAUCUGAAAAUGACAGGGGCAAAGAGAAAAAAGAAAAGUGUGCUCUGGAGCAAGAUGCAUAUGCCCCAUUGUGAAGACUUUAAACAGUGGUGUAGAAGGCGGCUACCUAUUUUGGAAUGGGCAACACAUUACAAUCUGAAAGAAAAUUUGCUUCCAGACGCUGUGUCUGGGCUAAUGCUGGCAGUUCAACAGGUGACACAAGGGUUGGCCUUUGCUGUUCUCUCAUCUGUGCACCCCGUGUUUGGUUUGUAUGGGUCUCUGUUUCCUGCCAUCAUUUAUGCCAUAUUUGGAAUGGGACGUCAUGUUGCCACAGGCACCUUUGCCUUGACAUCCUUAAUAUCAGCUAAUGCAGUGGAACGGCUUGUCCCUCUGAACAGUCAGAACCUUACCACACAGAGUAACACAAGUGUGCUGGGCUUAUCUGACUUUGAGAUGCAAAGGAUUGGUGUUGCUGCAGCUGUUUCCUUCUUGGGAGGUGUGAUUCAGGUGGCCAUGUUUGUGCUACAACUGGGUAGUGCCACAUUCCUGCUUACAGAGCCUGUGAUCAGUGCGAUGACAACUGGGGCUGCCACCCAUGUCGUGACUUCACAAGUCAAGUAUCUCUUGGGAAUGAAAAUGCCAUAUAUAUCUGGACCACUUGGAUUCUUUUAUAUCUAUGCAUAUGUCUUUGAAAACAUCAAGUCUGUGCGACUGGAAGCACUGCUCUUAUCCUUGCUGAGCAUCGCGGUGCUUGUUCUGGUUAAAGAGCUGAAUGAACAGUUUAAAAGGAAAAUUAAAAUUGUUCUUCCUGUUGACUUAGUCUUGAUUAUUGCUGCAUCAUUUACUUGUUAUUGUACCAAUAUGGAAAACACAUAUGGAUUAGAAGUAGUUGGUCAUAUUCCAAAAGGAAUUCCUCCACCUAGAGCUCCCCCAAUGAACAUCCUCUCUGCAGUAAUCACUGAAGCUUUUGGAGUGGCACUUGUAGGCUAUGUGGCCUCACUGGCUCUUGCUCAAGGAUCUGCCAAAAAAUUCAAAUAUUCAGUUGAUGACAACCAGGAAUUUUUGGCCCAUGGCCUCAGCAAUGUGAUUCCUUCAUUUUUCUUCUGCAUACCAAGUGCUGCUGCCAUGGGAAGGACCGCUGUCCUAUAUAGCACGGGAGCAAAGACACAGGUGGCUUGUCUAAUAUCUUGCAUUUUCAUCCUGAUAGUCAUCUAUGCAAUAGGACCCUUGCUUUACUGGCUGCCCAUGUGUGUUCUUGCAAGUAUUAUUGUCGUGGGACUGAAGGGAAUGUUAAUACAGUUUCGGGAUUUAAAAAAAUAUUGGAAUGUGGAUAAAAUUGAUUGGGGCAUAUGGGUCAGUACAUAUGUAUUUACAAUAUGCUUUGCUGCCAAUGUGGGGCUGCUGUUUGGUGUUGUGUGUACCAUAGCUAUUGUGAUUGGUCGUUUCCCAAGAGCAAAGACUCUGAGUAUAAAAAAUAUGAAAGAAAUGGAAUUUAAAGUGAAGACAGAAAUGGAUGAUGAAACCCUGCAGCAGGUGAAAAUUAUCUCAAUAAACAACCCACUUGUUUUUCUGAAUGUAAAGAAGUUUCAUACUGAUCUAAUGAACAUAAUCCAAAAAGAAAAUGCCAGCAACCAGCCACUUGAUGAAAUCAGCAAGUGUGAACAAAACACAUUGCUCAAUUCUCUAUCCAAUGGCAUUUGCAAUGAAGAAGCAACACAACCCUGCCUGAAUCAGAAGUGUUCUUUAAUCCUAGAUUGCAGUGGAUUGACCUUUUCUGACUAUUCUGGAGUCUCCAUGCUUGUUGAGGUUUACACGGACUGUAAGAACAAGAGUGUGGAUGUAUCAUUAGUCCACUGCACAGCUUCCUUGAUAAAAGCAAUGAAAUACUGGGGAAACCUAGAUUCAGAGAAACCAAUUUUUUUUGAAUCAGUAUCUGCUGCAAUAAGUAACAUCCACUUAAAUAAGAAUUUGAGCAAACUCAGUGACCACAGUGAAAUCUGAGACUCUUUUGCUGCAGUACAGCUCUUUUCUUUAGCAACUGCCCCGAAGAGGCCAUACUCAAGUAUUUUCACAACAUUUUUUGUUGUGUAGAUCCUACAAAUGACCUCUACUAAAAUAAGUGUGAUGUGACUUAGUAACCACAUAA